GAGGGGUCCUGAAGUGACAUUGGGCUUCCCUCAAGAAUAGCAGAAACGGACGGAGGUAGAAGAGGAGAUUGUUUGGCGGGGGGGUAUCUGGUUAUUUUGCCACCAUGUUCCGCCUCAUGAUGAGCCAGGCUAAAAAGCACCCAAGCUUGAUCCCUCUCUUCUUGUUUAUUGGAGCUGGAGGGGCUGGUGCUGCCCUGUACACCAUGCGUCUGGCAUUUUUCAAUCCUGAUGUCUGUUGGGACAAGAAGAAUAACCCAGAACCUUGGAACAAGUUGGGACCCAAUGACCAGUACAAGUUCUAUGCAGUUAAUGUGGACUACAGUAAGCUGAAAAAAGAAGGCCCAGACUACUGAAGAACAAACUUACUCCAUUUACAAGCUGCACAAAAUGAAGGUCUUUAGGUCUUCCAGAAGCUGUUCGCACAACUCAUAUGCUUAAUCAUUCAGGAAAUACUGAAUUUUGUUGCACAUGGCUCUUUAAUCAUGUUUUGGAAAAAGCUUGUUGAGCUUAAUAAGAUUCUGAAGCUUGAAAUCUUAAUGUCAUUUGUGAAAUAAGAACUUUCUGGCAUGGACAGUUGCCUAAAUUAGAUGUUAUUGCUGAUGCAAUGUACAAUUUAGCUACAACUGCUUAUGUGAAUUAUAUGUGAAAACCAAGACUUCUCAAAAAACUUCCAAAAAUACAGGCGUUUAUUUUUGUUUCA